UAAUGUCACCAGAGAUGUCACUGUCGUUCUUCAAUUUAGCCUAUUUUGCGUGCGCUUUUGUUAUUUUCCCAAUAAUUUUCGUUUCUGUUGUUGUGGCCAGCGUCUUGAAUGUUUCUCAUUGGAAAAUCUGCACGAAAGUAAGUAACAACAUUAAAGAACAAUUGCGCUUUCGUUUCCCAUGCAUAAGACUUCAGAGGUUCAGAGCACACUUGGGGGGCCUCAAAGUUAGACAAAACACCAGCUCUAAAUGAGCACCUGAACAGCCCCAAUAGCGCGUAAUUGGUUCAAGUGAUUUGCUUGCAGCCCGCCUAAAAGAAAGCCUCGAGGCAAGUCUCGUCAGAAAUAACAUAAUCAAUGCCUUCAAGACCCGCUCUUAGAUUUAACUAGAAGAACAACAAUACGCCCCAAAAGUGAUCAGGACCGGUGCGGAAAUGCCUUCGGCCACCAACAGUAGUCUGCAGCUCCCCAACAAUGAGGACUGUGGAAUUAGGGACGUUUGGGCCCACAAUUUGGAAGACGAAUUUCGGACUAUUCGACAGAUUGUGCAGAAAUACAACUACGUUGCAAUGGACACUGAGUUUCCCGGCGUCGUGGCCCGACCGAUUGGGGAAUUUCGAAGCUCUGCAGACUACCAGUAUCAAAUGUUGCGUUGCAAUGUGGACCUGUUGAGGAUCAUUCAGCUGGGCUUGACUUUUUUGGACGACACCGGAAAAACCCCGGGGGGCACUUACACGACCUGGCAAUUCAACUUUAAGUUCAACCUACAAGAGGAUAUGUAUGCUCAAGACAGUAUCGACCUACUCACCAACUCUGGAAUACAAUUCAAGAAGCACGAGGACAACGGAAUAGAGCCUUUGGAGUUUGCUGAGCUGCUGAUGUCUUCUGGUAUUGUGCUCAUGGACAACAUUAAGUGGUUGAGUUUUCAUUCUGGGUACGACUUCGGAUAUCUCAUCAAACUACUAACGGACAACAACCUUCCGCAGGACGAAAACGAGUUCUUCGAGUUACUGAGGCUGUAUUUUCCAACAAUAUAUGAUGUUAAGUACCUGAUGAAGUCUUGCAAAACCUUAAAAGGGGGGCUGCAGGAGGUCGCUGAACAGCUUGAGUUGGAAAGGGUGGGUCCUCAGCACCAAGCUGGAUCCGACUCGCUACUAACAGGAAUGGCAUUUUUCAAAAUGAAGGAGAUGUUCUUCGAAGACACAAUCGAUGACUCGAAGUUUUCCGGGCAUUUGUAUGGUUUAGGCACGUCCUUCGCCCUUAACGGAUCAAGCAGCUAUGGGCAGGAUAAUGGGGAAAACACCAACUCGUCGUAGAAAUGUUUAGAACCAAUUAGAAAACCGUAUUCAGCCAGCUUGAUUCACAAAACUUGCAAGAGAGUGAUUUUUCAGUUUUCGUUUAGUAUUCGGUUUCAAUCCAGUCGCUUUGCAGUUUGAGUGUUUUCCGCUAUUAUCUCGCCACGUGCGGUUGAAUUUCCAGUCAUGAAUCGCGCCCCCAUAAAACAGUGUAAAUAUUAACAUUUUAUUGUUUUUAGCGGUAUUUUGGAUAUUUAUUGCGACGACGUCGGCUUUCAAUUGGUGAUUACAGUUUAGAUUGCGUUAGAGUUUUGCGGCACUAAUUGGUUCAAAAUUCCGUUCUUUUUCACUCUCGAGGUCGUUUAUACUUUUCAUUUUUAUAUCUUGCUAGUAUCUAAUUGUAAUAAAAUGUUACUUUAA